AUGACUGAAAAUCUGGAGUCUGUUUCAUAUCUUCGUCGUCGUGUACAAGAGGCAUGUUCAAACGAAGGAAGUGAGCACGAACUAGAUCGUGACUGUAACGUAGAAAAAAAAUUCCCUACACAAUCGGACACCGAUCCUGCUGUAAGUUCUUCCUAUAAUACUGUGGAGGAUAAAAUGUGUCGUAUAUGUUUUGCUGGUCCUGAAGAAGAAGAAAGUCUUGGCCGUCUCAUUUCUCCAUGUCAAUGCAAAGGGACUAUGAGGCUUGAAUUAUUAAAGUACGUCCACGUGGAAUGUUUAAACAAUUGGCGACGACGUAGUCAAAAGAAAUCGAGUUUUUUUCAAUGUGACGAAUGUAAAUAUAAAUAUGCUUUUCGAAGAACAACAAUUGCAAAAUUCGCUACUAAUGAAUUUGUUCUUACAUUUGUCACUUUGACGUUGUUCGCUUUUUGUGUAUUUAUUGGUGGUUUUCUUGCAAAAUUUCUUCUCUACCUUUACCCUGUUGCCGAAUUCGGUGACGAUUAUAUUGCUGAUGAAUUUAAAUAUGCUCCAUUAUUUCGUGAACCUAUGGAGUUCUCAACAAUAUUUAGAAUUGAUUACGUUCACAUAUUAUUAGGAUUCAUGUUCGUAGGAUUUGUAGGGUUUGUACAAUUAUUGUUCUCAUUAAUGUGGUUUGGUCCUUUCAGAUUUGGCCCAACAGGUGCAACAGGUGGUAGACGUGGUGUGGAUGGAAUUACUGCUGUUUUUUUCACAAUUAUUGUUGCUGUAGGAGUCCUUAAAGCUAUAUAUGGGAUGUAUAAAUUAGUCGCAAGUGCAAGUCGAAGGAUUUUAGAAAGGGUUGAAUUAACCAUUUUGGAAGUUAAUGAACG